CAUUCGUAAUAAUCAUGGGCGAAGGCGGCGCCGCCGCGCAUCGACGGCACGUCCUGGAUGCAGUUCGACAAGCAGAGGCCGUUCUGAAAACCUCCACGGAAGACAAGUCCAAAGUGGAUGCCUUGGCUGAACUCCGACGCCUUGCCUUGCUCCCGGGGGGCUUUCGUACCAAUGACCUGCGCAAACGUGUGUGGCCUGUCUUAUUAGGAUACUCGUCUGACGAUAUCACGGAGUUCUACGCCACCCACCGCAUCAAGCUUCAGCAACCUCCGUAUGCCACCACAUCCCACCGCGACGACGGUCAAGUCCGCCUCGACGUGAAUCGGUCCAUGGGAGAAUCGAGAUGGGCCGACGUGGCGGGUCUCAAGCGCGGCAGCAAGCGCAAGGCUCUCUUCUCCCUUCUCCACGCCACCCUCUGUAUUUCCCCCGAUGCGCAUUACUUUCAAGGAUUUCACGACGUCGCGAGCAUCUUCUUGCUGACGGUGGGCAUGCCGCUGGCCGUCCCGCUCCUCACGCGCAUGAGCACGAGCUACAUGGCCGAGCCCAUGCGAUCGAACCUGGACACGGUGCUGCCGCUCUUUGGCCUGCUCUACCCGUUACUCGCCACCCAAGACCCCACGUUGGCCAAGCAUAUUGCUGGCUCCGUGGACCACGCGUACUUCGCCCUGCCUUGGGUGCUCACGUGGUUUGCCCAUCACGUGGACGCGUUGCAUGACGUGGCACGCUUAUACGACGUCUUUCUCAGCGCGCAUCCGAUUUUCCCCCUGUAUGUCGCUGCCACGUUGCUUUUGAAACAUCGCGACGCGAUCUUGGCGGUGGAACCGGACUUUGCCAUGUUGCACUCGACCCUGCAAUCUCUUGGCCAUGGCAUCAUGGACGACGUCGACGCCGUCCUCCAUGACGCGAACGACCUCUUGCAUAACGUUCCCCCACGCGAAGUCGAAGCUGCUGCAGGUGCAUCCUCGGUCCGUCGCCACUCCACGUACAUGGCGUAUCCAAUGCCACACCAGCGGCGUCUUGGCGUCGUCGACGAUGCAAGUCUGUCCAUCGAUGGCACAAGGUACGUUUGGAUGGUGUGGGUACAGUAGUUAUGUGCAAAGGUGUCAUGGGUCGUCUAUGAUGUAGGAGACUCGACUUGAUGCAGUAUGGCUUGGUCUGUGGAGUCGUGGUGGGGACUCUUGCAGUGGCAGCGGCGAUCAUCCCGUCGUUGCGAAAGCAAAGUCCGUAGCACCAAGUCAACAUUAGAGCUUCUUUUGUGUUGUAACUUAAAUACAGAUGAAUUAUUAAUCUUCCAUGUCGUAAUUCUCUUCGAAAUACAAGUAUUCGCGGCACACGGGGCAAUUCUUGUCGCGGUCGGUCCAUUCCAGCAGACACGACAGGUGAAAGUUGGUUCGGUUCAUGCCGCAGUUGCACAACGUUCGGAUGCGAGGGUUCCCGGCAUCGAAGGCGUCAAGACACAUGACGCAUUCUAGCUCGACGCCGUCGACCACUUCAGUAUUCGUCGAUGGGGCCUGCAGAGGCAGGUAUGCGUCAACGGACGAGAUCACAGCUGCCGACGUUUGAGGUGGCGGUGUACAACUGCUCUUGGGGGAUUCUUCAAAGUACGAUGUCGUCGUGUACGAGGAAGAUGUGUCUACGGCGCGGUUCGUGCGCUUCAUGACUGCAUUGUCGUCAGUGCUGCGGCGUGAGACUGGGGUAGUCGACUCCGCAUCGACAUCCACGACGCUGUGGUCUUUGAGCAACCCACGGGAUUCAUGCGGAGGUUCGUUGGGAGAUGACGCACCGUGGUCUGGUUGAGGAGAGUUGCGCCGACUCCGACUCGCUGAGAAGCUGUGGUCAAGGCACGAGCAAGUCUGGCCCAUGUCGGCGAGAAUUUGCGAACAACCAAUAUGGUGAACUG